GGGGGGGGGGCGGGGAAGAGCGCUCCGGAGGCCGCAGCUCCCUGCACCGCCCACGCCGGGCGCGGGGCGGGGUCUGUCCCGGCUCUCCGGCCGGGCUGGCCGCCAGGGGGUGCUGCGUGAGCCGCUUCCCGGAGCGCCCACGCCAUGGCGCAGGCCCGCGUGCUCCUGCUGCUCUCGGGGCGCGCGGAGCCCGCGGGCUUCGCGCGGAGCGUGUGCGGCCUCUUGGGCCUGGGGCCCGGCCCGGGGCCCUGGCGGGUCUACUGCGGCCUGGAGCGGGGCCGGCUGCUGCUUUCGAACAGCUCCUUCUCGGGCGCCACGGCGCGGCUCCCCCUGCAGCGCUCCCCGUUCUGCCCCUUCUCGGCCCUGGAGCAGCAGCCCCCUGGAGCUGCGGGACCAAAGCAGUCGCCCGACCGCGGAGUGGACUUGGGGGUGGCUGUCAUCCUGCAGUCCCGUGACCAGACCGUGCUCCUGACCCGGAGGGCCUCGAGCAUGCACACGGCCCCUAACCUCUGGGUCCCUCCAGGUGGACACGUGGAACUGGAUGAGGAGCUGCUGGAUGGUGGGCUUCGGGAGCUGUGGGAGGAGACAGGGCUGCAGCUGCCCCAAGGCCAGUACUCCUGGUUCCCUCUGGGACUGUGGGAGUCUGCCUAUCCCCCCAUGCUGAGCCAAGGCCACCCCAGAUAUCACCACAUUGUUCUCUAUGUACUGUUGACUUCCCAGGAAACAGAGCAGCAGCUACAGGAACGGAUCCACCCAAACCAGGAAGAGGUCAGUGCCUAUGCCUGGCUGAAGCCAGAUGUAUUGGCAGCAGUGGCAGCCUCUGAAGACGGACCAGAGAUGACUGAGCCUCUCUCUCAAUACCUGCCGCCUUUUGUUCAGGCAGUGGAGCUUCAGGGAGAUGUGGCCCAAAGCCUGGACCUGCCUGUGUCUAUCCUGCUCCGGAAGUCUCUGAACACAAGGAAGAAUGAGGAGAGGGUCAGUAUGGGAACCAAAUUUGCUCUUGGUCUAUGGCUCGAGCAUCUGAAGAGGUCCUCAAAGUAUUAGCCACACUCCUCCCCAAAGCCAGAAUCGGAAUAAAACUGGACAUCAGAUGCCAAGCCUCCUCAGCACCAUCAAAAGAAGCAAAGGCUUCAUCUUUCAGAUCUAGACCUCAAGAAAGCCAAGUAGAUGAGGCACUCUCCAUUUCCCUAUGGACAUACAUAGGAUUCACAACCUUUAUUGUCGGUGAGAACGUUACUACAAUUUUGAAAAUAAGAAAUUAAAUUAAAACAAAGGUCAUAAAAGAGGGAAGGGUGAAUUUGGGGAAGGGGGGACAGAAUGUCUCCCCCUCCAAAGGUGCAGAAUGAGUUCCAUGACCAUAACUCUAAGACUAUGGAUCCCACUGGAAACUCAGACCCCAGGAUAGGGAGGCCUUGGGGAAUCGUCAUCAACUUAAAUAUAUAUAUAUAUUUAUUUAUAUGUAUAAAUAGAGAACCAGGCAACAGGACAAAACCCUACCUUCUCUCCCAUCCCAAACCUUAGAGAGGCAGAGGAGGUAGAUCUCCUCAUCUCAUCCUCAGUCAGACUGAGAAAGGAACAAGGGUCAUCUUUGGAGUUUUUUGGUUUUUCUCAUUUAUGUACAAAAAGCUGCAAGUGAAAAUAGAGAUCUCAGGCCCUG